AUGUGCCACUUUCAGGUCUCCUCACACUGCUGGUGUGUUGAAUUUUUUGACAUAGGGUGCUGGCAGAUUACGGGCCUCCCAUAGCUGCUGCCAGGCCCCUAAUCUGCCAUGGGCCCCUAUACCGCCUCCUCAUGCUGCUGCCAGGUCCACAGUCUCUCAUGGGUCCCUGUACGGCCUCCCAUUGCUGCUGUCUCCAUCGCCACACUCUGCCAUGUGCCACUUUCAGGUCUCCUCACACUCCUGCUGGUUACCAUUUUGUCAUAGGUUACUGUAUGGCCUCCAUUGCUGCUGCCUCCACCGCCACACUGUGGCUCCAAACACUGGUUUUGGCCCGUGACUGGCCAAAUGAGUGAAGUGUGCGGUGAUUCUAAGAUCGACGGCACUCAUCUGCAUGUCAUACUGACUGACAGUAUUAUUUCUCUUCCCCAGCAGACUCCAAGGGCAUUUAAAUUAAAGGUACAGUGUUCUGCACUAAUAUUA